AUGGCUCAGGUCGACAACAGCCGGGCCUGGGAGGCCGACGACAACGGCAAUCUCCAUUUGGCUUAUCCCAUUUCUCCCGUCUACUAUCAGGACAUGAAAAGCUUUCUCGAUCUCGACUCUCCAACCAAGAGCUCAUUUUCUCUCUCGACCGGCGAGCACGACCAUGCCGACUACUACCAUUCCAGCUUCUUGUUGUUGGAUUCGGUUCCUGCUGCGGUAGCCAUCAUGGCAGCUAAUGCGCCUUCAACUAUUGAAAAGCUAGAGUCUAUCGCUAGCACGUGUAGCGCCAGGGACAAUGGCCACCAAGCUAGACUUGGCUCUUCCAAUAGCCUUGCGACAUUUCCAAUGUCUAUCAGGACAGAGACAUCAUGUACCAGUUCCAAUAGCUCCACAAGAAGCCGAAACCGACACUACAUUCUGCCGAAUGCCGGAGGUCCUUUUCGUCGACGACGAGUGCGAGACAGUUUUACUGACGGCGGCGACGAUACCGAACAUUCACAUAUGGGCAACACACAGCAUCACUGCUAUAGUAGCAUAAGGCUCAUGAACAACGAGGUCGUCAAGAAAGCUGUACCACCACCCCCAAAGCCUCAAUCUAGAAGCUCAAAUCAAAGAUGCAACCCUAUGCAAACAUUCAAGCCUCUGCGGAGCUCUUGCCAUGGCAGAGUAUCAUCCUCAGAUGGCCUGCCACGGUCUCCAGCCCUGACGAGGGAUGAAUUCGAGGCACUGCCACCUACUAUUCAACGCAAAGUAAGUUAA